GCACCAAUACUACAACACAAAGUAUCCUUAUUCACUAUAAGUUAAAAAUAUAUAUUUGAUAAUAGCCUAAAGUUGAAUUUAUCAAUAUGUCAUUGUCCAAUGGAACUAAACUGCCAAACCCAUUUGAUCUUGAUGAGUCUCAAAUCCUGGAUAAAGUUUAUCUGACCCACCUCCAUGAUGAUGACAAGUGUGAUAAAGAUGUCCUUUUCCACAUUCUGUCCAAUGUUAUACUUAGGACAAGGCUAGCAGAAAGCAGAGCUGAAUUCGAGCCAGAAUUUCGCACACUGAAGCUGAUUUCUUGUCAGAUGAUAACCACGCCUCGUGGCGAACGUUAUGUGCAUCAAACAACAAUGUGGAUACUUCAACAGCUGAAAACCUAUUCAUGGGAUGCAAAAGCACUUAUAGCUCUAGCUGCUUUCACUUUGGAAUAUGGAAAUCUUUUGUACCUUACUGAGACUUCAACCUCAUCAGAUCAACUUGUUAACUCUCUGAAAAUACUGAAUCAAAUUCAAAACAGAAAGGUCACUGUCCCUGCCACAGAUUUGGUGGAGUUGAUAAUGGAUGUGCUUCUGCAUAUUCAUGAGUGGGCCACUCGGUCUGGUGUUGGUUAUAACACUCUUGAUGUUCCUUCUUUGUCUGAUGCAUUGCAAGAUAUUCCUGUUGCUGUUUAUUGGAUAAUUGCUUCCACUGUUGCUGCUACUGGCAAUAUCAUUGGUGUAUCGGACUAUACACUAUCAGAUUUUAAAGAAAAACUUAAUUUUGUUGAUUCUAAGUUGAAGGAACAUCUGAAACUAAGCAAAUGGCAAAUAGAUUCUGUUGAAGAAUACUUGAAGCGCAAGAAAGCAAUUUCCAAUCCUAAAGAUAUUAUAGAUUUCUUGAAGCUUCUGAUCCAACGCAACGGAGAUAAUCUCCUAAUAUAUGAUGGCACCACCAAAAACAAAACGGAUAUAGAAGUCUUCAAAGACAAAUAUGUGUUGUUGUUCAUUUCAAGCCUCAACAAAGUUGACGAUGAGAUCCUGCUGUUAAAUUCUAUCCAUGACAGAUUGCAGGACAAUCCACAAGUGAUAAAAGGUUACAAGAAAGAGGAUUUCAAGAUUUUGUGGAUCCCGAUCUGGGAUGUCGAUGAUCAGAAGAUCAAGUUCGAUUCGUUGAAGAAUAAGAUCAGAUUUUAUGCAGUGGACUACUUCUCUGAGUUACCUGGCAUUAGACUCAUAAGAGAGCAUUUGAAUUAUUCGGAUAAGCCUAUCGUCCCAGUGUUGAGCCCUUUAGGUGAAAAAAUGAAUGAUGAUGCAAUGGAUUUGAUUUUUCAAUGGGGGAUAGAUGCACUCCCUUUUAGGAAACAGGAUGGCUAUGAUCUUACUCAAAAAUGGAAGUGGUUUUGGGAUGUUACAAAGAGAGUGAAUCUUGGAAUACAGGUGAAAGGAGACAGAUACAUAUUCAUCUAUGGAGGCAGUGACAAAAAAUGGAUCCAAGACUUCACAUUAGCAUUGGAGAAAACAAAAAGGCAUGAAACUAUCUUAAGAGCAGAUGCUAUAAUAGAACACUAUCACUUGGGAAAAGAUGACCCUAAGAUUGUUCCUCGUUUUUGGAUCGAAAUAGAAAGCAAAAGACUCAAGAAACACCAAGAUGGUAUAGACUGUGAGAUUCAAGAUAUUGUGAAGAGUUUGCUUUGUCUCAAACAAGAUCCACAAGGUUGGGUUAUUCUCACCAAAGGCUACAAUGUUAAGCUUUUAGGGCAUGGUGAGCCUAUGUAUCAAACUUUGGCUGAUUUUGAUAUAUGGAAAGAUAGAGUGCUACAAAAAGAAGGAUUUGACAUUGCAUUCAAAGAAUACUAUGACACUAAGGUUAAAGAUACAUAUGUUAAGCAACCAUGUGAAAUUAUCAACGUUGAUAACAAUAUCAAUGGAAAUGUUAUAGCUACUAUAUCAUGUCCAAAUCCUACUUGUGGACGUGUGAUGGAGGUGAGUUCUGUUAACUACAAGUGUUGCCACCGUGACGAUGCUGCUGCUCCACAGAAUGGCAAGAUAUGAAUCUGAGAGAAGGAAGAGGUUACUACUAUAAGUUUGCUAUAUGCUUAAUUUGGGAGUUUGAAGUUUUUGAAUUUCUGUAAUUGUCUACAUUUUUCUAUAUUUAUGCAUGUGUGUAUGAAUGAAGAUGAAAGUCUAGUGCCAUGUAACCACCUUGUUUACUCUUUGAUGCAAGGGUGGUAAAUAAAUUAUGGCUUCAUUUCAUCUGCAUUUUAAUUACAUAAAAUUGAAUAAAUACUUUGCAUGCACAUAAAUCUGCAUGCAAUUGCAA